UUCCAGCAGCCGACAUUCUAAAGCAGGUGCGACGGUCAGACACGUGCGCGCGCCAAUGAAAGUCAAAUAAAUUUUGCGGUUUGGAGGUUUAUUUCUCUCCUAAUUUGCAAGACACUUGUGUUUCAAAAUGGGAUUGACCAAACAAUACCUUCGUUAUGUUCCUGGUCCAAUAUUUAACGUGAUUGCAAGCCUGAAGUCGAAUGCCGUGUUUGUCGAACUGAGAGCACAAGUUGGUCGGUACGUUGCUGCAGGAGCUUGCGAAAAUGUCAUCAUCUGGGACUCGAAAACUGGAGAAAAAAUUAAUACUUUGUUGGGCGAAAAGCAUUGUGUUACGGUACUGAAAACGAGUCCUAAUAACAGACAGAUUGCUGUUGGUUACGAAGAUGGUGUUGUUAGGCUCUUUGAUCUCCAUAGUGGAGAAUGCUUGGUUACAUUCAGUGGACACAAAAGUGCUGUCACAUGCCUAUCAUUUGACACUGAUGGCAUGAGGCUGGUCUCUGGAGCAAAGGACACAAACAUUAUUGUCUGGGAUACCGUUUCUGAAGCUGGUCUUUUUCGGCUCAGCGGACACAAGGGUCCCAUCACAAAAUGCUGCUUUCUUGAAAGCCAAAAUAUUUUGGUAAGCAGUUCCAUUGAUACGUUGGUCAAAUUCUGGGACCUCGACACCCACCACUGUUUCAAAACCCUUGUGGGUCAUAGAUCUGAGGUUUGGGAUAUGGUCGUCAUGAAAGACGAUCGUUACUUGGUCACCGGGUGCAGCGAUAGCGAACUUCGGGUAUGGAAGAUUCGCUUUCCGAACGCUGAAGAAGAAGAUGAAAAACAGAAAGCCACCCCCAAAAAGGCACGUAAUGAUUCUGACGAAGAGGAAAAAGAAGACGAGGACGACGAGAAAGACGACGAGGACGAGGACAACAGCAUUCUUCAGUGCACUAAAAUUGGAACGAUAUUGAGACAGGGUCGCGACCGUGUCCUCAGCAUGACGACAGAUGCAAGUCGCAGUAUUUUAGCAUGCCAUGGUAUGGAUUCCAUCGUGGAACUCUUUCGUUUCCACAGCGAAGAAGAAAUUCAAAAAAUAUUCAGCAAACGGCAACGAAAGUUCAAAAAACAAAAUCCUGACUCGAAGGAAGAAUUUACAGUUGCCUUGCAAGACGAGGUGCUGCGAAUCAAAUCCAUCCAGGCUUCAGCCAAAGUCAAAGCCAUCGACAUCUACGUCUCGAGCAAAGAAGAGCUCAAACUUUUGGUGCUGCUUCGUGGCAACUCGUUUGAGAUUCAUGUGGCCGACACUAAAAUCUCCAACAAGAACGAAAUGACAAAAGUUGGGGCGCUCUCCAUUCCCGGUCAUCGCACAGAUGUGCGUGCCCUGUCUUUCAGCUCGGACAAGAUUGCAUUGGCAUCCGCCAGUGGAGAAUCCUUGAAGAUCUGGAAUCGAGGGUCACAAAACUGCAUCCGAACCAUGGCGUGUGAUUACGCCCUAUCAAUCCUCUUUGCAACUGGCGAUCGCAACGUAAUAGUUGCCACAAAGACGGGCAAACUGCAAAUCUUUGACAUCGCAGCUGGCCGUUUGUUGGAAGAGAUCCCUGCUCACGAAAAAGAGGCCUGGUCUGUCGCCAUGAGUCCAGAUCUUCGUGGAAUAGCAAGUGGCGGUGCCGAUAAGAGGGUCAAAUUCUGGCAGUUUGAAUUAGUGCCCGACCUGGCAGGGGAGCAGAUGGAAGAAGACGGACGAGGACACGGUAAAAGACUGAGCCUGGCUCAUACGAGAACAUUACAGUUGGAAGAAGAUGUACUUUGCGUUAAGUUUAGCCCCGAUCAUCGUCUCAUUGCGGUUUCGCUUCUGGAUUCGACCGUGAAAAUUUUCUUUGUCGACACGCUCAAAUUCUUUUUGUCACUCUACGGUCACAAAUUCCCCGUUCUCUGCAUGGAUAUCUCUUACGAUUCCUCGACCAUCAUCACAGGCGGUGCUGACCGCAACAUAAAAAUUUGGGGCUUGGACUUUGGCGACUGUCAUCGAUCCAUUUUCGCGCACGAAGACAGUAUCCUGGGGCUUCAGUUUGUCUCCAAGACUCACCUCUUUUUCUCUUGCGGCAAGGACGGCAAGUUGAAACAGUGGGACGCUGAUAAUUUUGAGAAUAUUACUACGCUGUCAGGUCAUCACGGCCAAGUGUGGACAUUGGCCGUUAGCGAGGAUGGCAAGUACGUGGGUACUGCUGGACACGAUCGUUCUAUCCGUUUAUGGGAACGCACUCAAGAGCCACUGGUGCUCGAGGAUGAACGCGAAACUCAGCGGGAAGCUGAAGCCGAUCAGGCGUUGGCUUUGGGUGAAGAUCGAGUGAUACCCGGCAUCAAAGCCGGUGAGGAAGCGUCUUUACCUGGCCGAAAGACGGUCGAAACGGAACGGGCAGCAGAACGAAUUAUGGAAGCUGUCGAGGUCCACAAGGAAGUCUCUCAACAGUUGGCCGAGUACCGUGACAAACUCGAUCAGCAUAAACAAUCCGGCAAGGAUGUUUCUCAGACUCCAGUCGCUCCGCAAACUCAUCCGCUCAUGGUGGCCUAUGACACAACGGAUCCCGACAGGUAUUUGCUGAAGGUAUUGCGCCAAGUGAAAUCCAGCGAAGUCGAAGAGGCUCUACUCGUCCUGCCCUUCCAUUACGUGUGCAGCCUGUUGACAUUGUUGGAUCAAUUGUUACAAAAAGGCUGGGAAACGGAAUUGGUCAUGAGAAUUCUUCUGUUCAUUGUCCGCGUUCAUCACGGCCCACUGUCCAACACGCCCAGCCUUUUGUCGAUCUUGAAUCGUCUCCAAAGUGUGGCACGCAAGCGCGUCGAUGAAGUCCGCGAUCGCAUCGGUUUCAACUUGGCUGGACUUCAAUAUUUGCAACGAGAACUGGAAGAACGGGAGGCCGUACAGUUAUUCGCCGACGCCUCUGAUCGAGUCAAGCAGAAACGCAAGCAGCGCCGUAACAAAGACAAAGCCAAACAAAGGGCUAUUCUGACAUUGUAAAAUUAUGGAUGAAAAAAGAAACACACGAAAGAAAAAAAAAGAGAAAUUCCAAUAAAAAAAUAAUAAUGAAAUGAGAAAAGAAAAAUAAUUUUGCUGAGAAAAAAAGGACAACGGUCGACGAAAACAAACGGAACGAUAGGGAAACAUUUGUCAUUUUGGGUCGGUUGAAAAGAGAAAGAAAAUUCCCUCUUGAAACGAAUAAAUAAAACGAAAGAAAUGUCAGAGAAAAA